CUGCUCUCAGUGACUAUCAGCUGCUCUCAGUUGCUAUCUGCAUCUUUCAGUGACUAUCAGCUGCUCUCAGUGACUAUCAGCUACUAUGAACUGCUCUCAGUGACUAUCAGCUGCUCUCAGUUGCUAUCUGCUGCUCUCAGUGACUAUGAACUGCUCUCAGUGACUAUCAGCUGCUCUCAAUUGCUAUCUGCUACUCUCAGUGAGUAUCAGCUGCUCUCGGUGACUAUCAGCUGCUAUGAACUGCUCUCAGUGACUAUCAGCUGCUCUCAAAUGCUAUCUGCUGCUCUCAGUUGCUAUCUUGACUAUCAGCUGCUCUCAAUUGCUAUCUGCUGCUCUCAGUUGCUAUCUGCUGCUGUGAGUUGCUAUCUGCUGCUCUCAGUGACUAUCAGCUGCUCUCGGUUGCUAUCUGCUGCUCUCAGUGACUAUAAGCUGCUCUGGGUGACUAUCAGCUGCUAUGAACUGCUCUCAGUGACUAUCAGCUGCUCUCAGUUGCUAUCUGCUGCUGUGAGUUGCUAUCUGCUGCUCUCAGUGACUAUCAGCUGCUCUCAGUGA